UGGGAAGACAAACGCAUCGCUAGACAACGGGUUGUUUCUUCUAUACUAGUCAGAAACUAUGGGUGUAGAAAAACAGGUUUUAGCAGAGGGAGAUGGAAAGACUUUUCCCAAAGCAGGACAGACAGUAGUUGUUCAUUACACAGGAACACUGACCAAUGGUAAAAAAUUUGAUUCUUCAAAAGACAGAGGCAAACCUUUUGAAUUUAGGAUUGGACAGAGUCAGGUUAUCAAAGGUUGGGAUGAAGGGGUCAUGACGAUGAGUGUUGGAGAGAAAGCCAUCCUUACUUGUUCACCAGAUUAUGCCUAUGGUUCUAGUGGUGUUGGCGGAGUAUAUCCUCCCAAUGCCACGCUAGUCUUUGAGGUGGAACUCUUGGGACUGAAGUAAUUGUUGAGACUCUAAGAAGUCAUUACCUAUGUACCUCCACUAAUUAAGUGCUUGUAUACUCAAUGUAGUGUAGUUCUCCGUAACAUACGUUUGGCAUUUCAUACUUUGGUUCACUUUCUCUGAUUCAAUGAAGCCAAAAUGGGUGCGAUACUUAAGAAGGAAAAUCUUCAGUGUAUCAAUACUAGUAUAUUCAUCUCAUGUUUUUGACAAUUUUUUUUUUUGAUUUAUAUUUUCUUCACUUAUACAAGAAACUUAUGUCUUUUGUAUGGCAAAUUUAGAUUAUUUAUUGUAUGAAAAAUUUGAAUUAUAUAUUGACUUACAAUGUGAAAAAAAUUUAAUAUGUUGUGCAAAUAAAGUAAGAAAUGUUCA